AUGUCUCGUUGCAAGAGGAAGCUGGAGGCUUGGGGAUCGAACGGAGGACGAGAGAAGCCUGCAACUGCAAGUCUACUCCACUUAUUAUCUGUCUCCCUCCGUCCUGCCGCCAUCACCGAGACGUCUCUCUCUUCCGCAUCCAUCCGCUACAAGUCUCGAUUUGCCCUCACCCCGGUCCAGUUCCUAUUCACCCCUCCUGUCGUUACGACACCCUCUUCUCCCCGGUCCCGUUUCCUUUCGACGCUCGCCUCUCGCCAUAACCCACCUCCUGUUGUUUAUUGA